AUGCGCAGUGUUGCAGCCUGGGCUUUCUCCUUCACCGUGUCCAGCUGCACAGAACAGCGCUGCUAAGCUGUGCACACUCCUUUGCUCUAAAAACAAAGAGUCAUGGCAGAGACAGAAGAGAUUGUGGAGCUUCAGGACAAGAGUGGAACAGGCCAUCAGGCCGAGUGCACAGAUGUUUGUGAGAUGAGUGUGCACCACACACCCAAAAAUCCCGGCACAAUGGCCGUUCCUCCUGCAUACUCAGACUUGGGAAAGUCUGCCAAAGACAUCUUCAACAAAGGCUUUGGUUAUGGAGUUUUAAAGCUGGACAUCAAGACCAAGUCUCAGAGUGGUGUUAUGGAGUUCGCCACUUCCGGCUCCAACAACACGGAUACAGGGAAGUCUGGAGGCCACCUGGAGACCAAGUACAAGCUGAACGAGCUGGGCCUCAGCUUCAACCAGAAAUGGAACACCGACAACACUCUCACCACAGAGAUCACCAUGGAGGAUCAGCUGGCGAAGGGCUUGAAGCUUGGUCUCGACACGUCAUUUGUGCCAAACACCGGCAAGAAGAGUGCCAAACUGAAGACCGGUUACAAGCGGGAUUAUAUGAACCUGGGCUGUGACCUGGACUUCGACAUGGCCGGCCCGACCGUCCACGCCGCCGCCGUGCUGGGCUACGAGGGCUGGCUGGCUGGAUACCAGCUGGCUUUCGACACCGCCAAGUCUAAACUCGCUCAAAACAAUUUUUCCCUUGGAUACAAGGCUGGCGACUUCCAGCUUCACACCCAUGUAAAUGAUGGCACAGAGUUUGGAGGCUCCAUCUACCAAAAAGUGAACAACAGUUUGGAGACGGCGGUUCAUCUGGCGUGGACGGCGGGCAGCAACAACACGCGGUUUGGGAUUGGAGCCAAGUAUCAGCUGGAUAAAGAUGCCAGUCUUUCUACUAAGGUUAACAACGCCUGCCUUGUUGGAGUUGGAUACACACACACUCUUAGGCCAGGAGUGAAGCUCACUCUCUCUGCCAUGAUUGAUGGGAAGAACGUGAACGGCGGCGGACACAAAGUGGGAUUGGGCUUCGACCUGGAGGCCUAAGAUUCAGGAGAAGAGACGAGAGGAAAGCGGCGCAGGAAAAGGAGGAGGGUCCCUUUAUGUGAUGAUGCACAGGUCCAGACAGCAACACAUUGUCCCUCUGAGUCCUACACCGAUAUGCAGACACACUCUCUUCAGCCUUAACCUGAAACCCAAAGCCGCCCGGAAGACCUUACAGUACUGUAACCCACAUGGACUCGUCUGGGAUAUUUUGGAAUCAUUUGUAGCUCCAGCAAAAACCUUUUAAACAUAUUUUACCAGAAUGCAAUCCCUCUCUAAUAAUGUGCUGCUUUGAACAGAGUAAAACCUUCAGGUUCUCACUUCUCUCUGAAAUAAUGUUUUGAAGUCUCCUUUAGUUUGAUCAUGUGGUCAGUCAGUCUGAGUUUUGUUCUGCCGUGUUUCUUUUGCAUGUUUUCAAGGCAAGAGGGAUGAUUUUAAACGUUUUCUAAGAGGCAGAUAAAUCCGAUCCUGCCUCUUGGUCUUAGUGAGUCUCAAACAGUGAAUAAUUAGCUCUAAUUUUGGCUCCUCUGGUUGAUUCUAAAUCAGAGGCCGACUUCAGUUUAGGCCUCCAUCAUCUCCUCUUGUUCUGUCUUCUGUUCUGCCUCGAUCUCCUCACUUCACCUCUGUGCUUUCUAUAAUAGGGCAAAGAAAUUAGAACCUUAAAGUAAUUUUAAUGAAUAAAUAUCAGAUACAAAAAC